AUGUUAAUGACGAGGACGAAGACACUUCUCCGUCACUCUCAGCUUCCGUUCAUCGCUCAAUAUCUUAUCGACGCCAAGAUGAAUGUCGAAAAGCUACAGAAGAUGGCAGGUGCUGUGCGCACUGGUGGGAAGGGAAGCGUGAGAAGAAAGAAGAAGGCUGUACAUAAAACAACCACCACAGAUGACAAGAGGCUGCAGAGCACUUUGAAGAGAAUAGGUGUAAACGCAAUACCAGCAAUUGAAGAAGUUAACAUUUUUAAGGAUGAAACAGUUAUCCAGUUCUUAAACCCUAAAGUUCAAGCCUCUAUUGCUGCCAACACAUGGGUUGUUAGUGGUACUCCUCAAACAAAGAAAUUACAAGAUAUUCUCCCUGGUAUCCUCAACCAGCUUGGGCCAGAUAACUUGGAUAACUUGAGAAAGUUAGCAGAGCAAUUCCAGAAGCAGGUGAAACCUUUGAAGCUGCUGCUGAAGAAGGACAAAAAUCAUAGGCUUUUUUUGAGGAAUAUGUAUGAUUUUUAG